ACCCGCGCUCGGGCCGGCGAUCUGGGGCGCAGGCGCGGUCGCCCCUGCGGCCGGGGUCGGCCUCCGUUGACGUCAGCACGCCUCACGGGUUCCAGCCCCUCAGCCCGGCCUCCAACUACCGCGCGAGGCGGGCGGGGGCGGGUGCCGGCCAGUGGCGCUCUCCCGUCCGACCGCGCCAGUUUGAAUGAAAGCUCCUCAAGAUGGCGGCGGCCGAGGCGCGAGGAGCUUGGUGUGUGCCUUGCCUAGUUUCACUUGAUACUCUUCAGGAAGUAUGUAGAAAAGAAAAGCUCACAUGUAAAUCGAUUGGAAUCACCAAAAGGAAUCUAAACAAUUAUGAGGUGGAAUACUUGUGUGACUACAAGGUAGUAAAGGAUAUGGAAUAUUAUCUUGUAAAAUGGAAAGGAUGGCCAGAUUCUACAAAUACUUGGGAACCUUUGCAAAAUCUCAAGUGCCCGUUACUACUUCAGCAAUUCUCUAAUGACAAGCAUAAUUAUUUAUCUCAGGUAAAGAAAGGCAAAGCAAUAACUCUAAACAAUAACAAAGCUUUGAAACCUGCCGUUGCUGAAUACAUUGUAAAGAAGGCUAAACAAAGGAUAGCUCUGCAAAGAUGGCAAGAUGAACUCAACAGAAGAAAAAAUCAUACAGGAAUGAUUUUUGUUGAAAAUACUGUUGACUUAGAGGGCCCACCUUCAGACUUCUACUACAUUAAUGAAUACAAACCUACUCCUGGAAUCAGCUUAGUAAAUGAAGCUACCUUUGGUUGUUCAUGCACAGAUUGCUUCUUUGAGAAAUGUUGUCCUGCUGAAGCUGGAGUUCUUUUGGCUUAUAAUAAAAACCAGCAAAUUAAAAUCCCACCUGGUACCCCUAUUUAUGAAUGCAACUCAAGAUGCCAGUGUGGACCCGAUUGUCCCAAUAGGAUUGUACAGAAAGGCACACAGUAUUCACUUUGCAUCUUUCGAACUAGCAAUGGCUGUGGCUGGGGUGUAAAAACCCUUGUGAAGAUUAAAAGAAUGAGUUUUGUCAUGGAAUAUGUUGGAGAGGUAAUCACAAGUGAAGAAGCUGAAAGACGGGGGCAGUUAUAUGACAACAAAGGAAUCACAUAUCUCUUUGAUCUGGAUUAUGAAUCUGAUGAAUUCACAGUGGAUGCAGCUCGAUAUGGAAAUGUGUCUCAUUUUGUGAAUCACAGUUGUGACCCAAAUCUUCAGGUGUUCAAUGUUUUCAUUGAUAACCUCGAUACUCGUCUUCCCCGAAUAGCAUUAUUUUCCACGAGAACCAUAAAUGCUGGAGAAGAGCUCACUUUUGAUUAUCAAAUGAAAGGUUCUGGAGAUAUAUCUUCAGACUCUAUUGACUACGGCCCAGCCAAAAAGAGAGUCAGAACUGUGUGCAAAUGUGGAGCUGUGACUUGCAGAGGUUACCUCAACUGAAUUUUCAGGAAAUAGAGCUGAGGAUAAAUGUAGUUUUGUUUUUUUCUAAUGUUAACAUUUUUAAAAAUAAAUAUUUGGGACUCUUUUCAUAUUAUGAAGAUUAUAUUCUAUGUUAAUUUACAAUUCCUGUUUCAAACUAUUGGCCAAAAUGCAUCAUUGAUGCUUCUGAAGAGAGGAACACAAGGCCACAUAGACCAAUUUGAAAUAUACCUAAUUAGUGGCUAGAUACCAAACAAGAAAGGAAAACUACUACAGGUCAGCAUAUACAUACUUAAGAAGUCUGUGUGAACAGAGAAAUGCCUUCUUCGGUGUUUAAGUGUUAAACUGAUAAUGUCAUGAUCACUAAGAUCAAACAUUCAAUUUGCCAUAUACCUUGAAUUUAGAGAACUAGUAAAGUUCUAUUUUUGUUAUUAUGUUGUCAUUCUUGUUUACCUAUUUAUUACUAUAAAUAUUGUACUUGUAUUGGAGACAAAUGGGUGAUGCUGAAUUAUACCCUGUUUUCUACUUCUUUCAUUAAAACAUUGAUAUCUUAAUGAUACUGAAAUUUAAGGUCUAAAAUUAAAUGUGAAAAAAGUUAAUUAUAGCUUUAUUUCAUAUUUUGAAGCAAUUUAGACCAUUAUUUGAAGGGUAUAUGUUUGAACCACAAUCCUAUAGAAUAAAAAUCUCCCAAAAGCUCUAAAAUUCUAGAAUAGUUGACCAUUAAUGCCUCUUGGAAAUGACACAGCACUGGGACCAGGAGGUUUUUGUUGGAGUAUCAGACACGGGAAAUGGGAUGCUUUCAGGGUCCUUUUCAAAGACAUGAAUUGGAGAUUCAUGUGAGUACUUCUGGUCCAAACAAUAAAACAAGAUACUCCUGAGAGCAGCUGUACUUAAUAUAACAUCAACAUACACUUUCUGAGUAUCAGGCUGUUUUGAACAUUUCCUUUCUACCAAAUUUAACUAUUUUUAUAUUUCCUGCAAGCUCUUCCUUAAAAGUAAUCUGUAUUUUGAACUGAUACCUAUUUUAUAUGUGAGUUUUUAAAAUGUGACAAAGCUAAACUUGGCUUGGCCAAAGUGUGUGCCUGACUUAUGAGACCAUUUAUUACUUGAACUGUGAAGACUGAAAUGGAAUAUAUUCAUUGUUGGUUUUGUUUAUUUUCCUGAAUAGUAAAACCUCAAAACUAUGUUUUCAUCUCUUUCUGAUUCUGGGUUUUCUAAUCUGGGUUUUCUUUGUGAUUCUGGGUUUUCUAAUCAUGGUGUUCAACAUAAAAGUAAAGGCAGCAAAUAAGUCUAGCUCUCGGUAUUUCUAAGCUCAUUGCCCUAGGCUUUAAUGGCCUAAAAUAAGCUUUAGUAAAAUUGAACUGACUUCAAGAAUGCAGCAUUUCAAAUACUUUCUUUUUUAAAAAAAUAUUUGUAUUUAAAAUAUCUUCUUAAUCCCUAAUCUCUUUUUUGGGAAAAGCUACAUUUCAUUAUUAUAUUGUUAUUAUGACUUUGCUCUUUCAUAAUACAGGGUAAAUUGUAUACAUGUUUAGAACUUCAGAGUAUAUUUGCUAACCAAAAUUUGCAGAAGGUGUGAAAAAAAAAUACUGACAUGGUAUCAGUGUUGAGAGAGCAUCAUUGAUUUUACAGGUUGCUCCCCUUGGCCAAGCAUUCUUUGAAUUAUAAUUGGUAAGUUUAAAGAUGUGAUUUUCAUUUUUUAAAAGUCUGUUUCAUUGCCUACUUAAUCUUGUCUUUUUGUGUUAAAAAUAUAAAACAGGAGGGCAAAAGGAAAAUGGCUAUUUUCAGUCAACUGUAUUGUUAUUAAUAGAAAUUUAAUGGGCCUUUGAGAUUUUAAUUACCUGUGUUACCCUUACGUUAUUAAAAAGCUGAACUUUAGUAGAAAAAUCAACAUUUAGCUUCUUUACAUUAGUUUCCUAAGUUGUCAUAAUUUUUUCUCUCAAUAUAAAGCAAAUAUUCAGUGGUAGUAUUUAGAUCAAGUUUAAACUGUCAGUUAAUCCACUGUAGAAGUACUAUUAAUACCAUUGUUUUCGGUUUCUGCAUAUGAAGAUUGUGAUACACAAUUGGUAAUCUCAGGAUUUUUCCAUAUAUGCAAAAUCUAUACAGCACUUAUUUUUCUUAUAUUUCAAUAGUUUUUCUUUAGCAAAUAAAUGUAGACAUUUGAUUUUCUAUUUAUCAUGGGUUAGCUUUGUUUCUGAAUAUUUUACUGUCUUUCCCAGGCUACAAAAAGGAUAGAAAAAUACCGAUGUAUUCCUGACUACCUGCUGUUGAGGUUAACCAAAGGUUUAUAUACAAUUCCUUUCAAUGUUAGAUUUCUUCUUAAAAAGUUUAUCGUUGUCAUGGUUCAUGCAUUUGGAUAUUAAAGUAUAAUUUUACACUUAGCAUAAUGUGAAUGGAUAUUUCUCAAAAUUGUUUGAGCAUUAUUAUCACCAGGUAUUUAAACUAGUUUCACUAAAUACUGCCUAGAACUGCAAAGGAAUUUUAGAAUUAGAGCUAAGAAAUAUUCCUUGAGCAAGUCUUAGGCCUUUAUACUAUGUACUCAUAAAUCUAUGAGUUUGGUGUUGUCACCCCUAUAGUACACCAAAGGAAGUAGGUUUAGACUGAUUAAGUAAUAUUAACAUCCCCAAGACCACCCAGUAAACUAUACCUAUAUUUAAUUAACAUCUUCAGGCAUACUUUUU